AAAAAAUUGCAGCGGCUGCAAGAAAAAAAAAAGUCACACACAGUGAAGAAUAGCUCGCGGAGUUUGCAGUGUGUGGUUUUGGGCUUCCGUUGUUUUUCCCCCUAUCGUUCGGGCCACCAGAAUAUGGACGUGCGGACGGUUCUCGAUGGCUAUUUGCGAAAAGCCGUCCAUCCGAACAAUCAUGAUUUGGACGUGUCGGCAAUCGAUCAGUUCUGUCUGACGCUGAAGAAGGACCCGUCGAAGAUGUCCAUCGCCCGCGAGCUGCUCGUCAGCCGGAUACAGUCGACCAACACGAAGGAAUCGCUGCUUGCCCUCGAGGCGCUGGAAGAAUGUAUGGAAUCGUUGGGGCGCGAGUUCCGGUCGGAGAUCAACAAGUUCCGGUUUCUGAACGAGCUGAUCAAGAUGGUUUCGAAGAAGUACAACGGCGACCAGACACCGCGCGAAGUGUCCGAGCGUAUUCUAAACAUUCUGCUUACCUGGACGAACAAGUACGAUCCGUGCGAUUGCGAUAAAAUACAGGAAGCGUACAAUCUGCUCGCCACGCAAGGGAUCCAGCACCGGUCGCAGCAGAACGUGAUCAUCCGUGGGCCGCCGGCCCGCCACCUGGACGAGCGCGGCGGCCAGAUGCUGGACAAGGAGCAGCAGAAGCUGAAGCAGCUGAUCGCGAGCGGCAAGCCGGAAAACUUCGAAAAGGCGAACCUGCUGAUACAGAACCUGUACCGGGACGAGGAGCGCCGCACGCAGAUGAAGAGCCGCCGGCUGGCGGAGCUGCAGAAGGUGGCGGAAAAUACGAAGCUGCUGGCCGAAAUGCUCGACCAGUACCGGGCGGGCGAAACGUCCGACGACGGGCUGGCGGUGCUGAGCGAAAUUUACGAAUCGUGCGAAAGUGCCCAUCCCACGAUCGUGCGGCUGGCGGAGGAAACGCAGCAUAGCGAAGAAAUGCUCGUUCAGUCUCUUGAGAGCGGAUGCAAGAAUGUAGGCAAAUUCUGGAGUUUAGCUAGCGAAUUUGAGAAAAUAUUUGAAGUGAACGAUGCACUGACGCAAGCGCUAGACAAGUAUCGUGUGAAGGUACUGAACCAGCAGCCGGCAGAACGGGCCACUCUGUCCCAUCCCGUCGAAACGACCGCACCACUACUCCCCACCAUGAGCUACACUCCCAACAUUACCGGUUCGGAUCCACUGGACACGCUGUUCGAUGUGGCCGGCGAGGUGCCGGGCAGUGGCGGCAAAGAGACAGCUACCUCCAACCGCUCCAACUAUGACGAUCUGAGUGACAUAUUUUCGUCGACCGCGCAUGGCAAUGGAGGAACGGUCGGGAACGAUAUACUGCUUCCGGAAGCUGCGGCCAACCAAAGCGCUGCAACCACGUACAGCGGGCUGAAUGGGAUGAAGCCGAACGAAACCAAACCCAAAGAUAAUCUGCUGGAAUUGAAUUCCAUUCUCAGUAGCAUUAAAAACAGGACCAAUGCUUCCCCCUCACCAGUGCUGGGAGCGGCGGUAGGCAGGCCGGCACCGUCGAAAGUACCGGCUCAGAACGGUUCGGUAGCCGGUGCGUCUAGCAAAUCCAUUCCCGAGCUCGAUUCCAUCAUUAGCGGUAUGAAGGCGACGCUUCUCUCCGGAGCGGUACCGCCCGAAGAGUCACCAACUGCUACUACUACUACUACUACUGCUGUUGCCGCCACAAACCCCGAACCGACCGGAUCGGCUGGAUCGGAAGAGGACGAUCCAAUCCUGGCCGCACCGGCGACAACUUCCUCUGCCCUUCCUACCAAAGUAGAGCAACCGGCACCAACACCAACGGAAGCGGUGCCCAGCAGCAAACCGGAACUGAAAGCGCUGGCAGACAUUGUGAUCGAUCUGGACUGCAUUCAGCCGAGCCGGGAACCGUCCCGCACCGUGCUGGACGAUAAGGAGGGCCUGCAGAUUACGCUUAACUUUGCGGCGGACCAUCCCCGACCGGACGUGACGGUGAUCGUCAUCUCGACGAUCAAUCAGGGCCGCACCAGCAUUCCCAGCUUUCAGUUUGACGCGAGCGUGCGGAAACCGUGCAAGCUGCGGCUGCUGCCACCGUCCGCCAGCAGCCUGCCGGGUACGAAACCGUUCCGGCCACCGGCCGACGGCAUUACGCAGGUGCUGCUGCUCGCGAAUCCGACCGGCGAGCCCGUCGAUCUGACCUGCAUCCUAACGUACCUGGUGGGCGACGAUCCGGACCCGAUCAAGGAGUCGAUCGUCAUGCAGGCGGUACCGUCGGUGCGGGAUUGAAGCGUGCCAGCAGAUAAGGCAACCUUCUGUGAUUACGAGAUUACGCAACAUACGCUAGGGCGGUCGGGACUCCCUACUUAAGCAGAAACAGUUUAAACGUUUGCUUGAAAGCUGGGCAGCUUAGUUUAAAUCUCGCGCGCGGCAUCAAGGACGCAAGACACGGACGAAGUCAAUAAUAGGCGGACAUAAUAAGCAUUAAUAAAAGAAAAGUAUAUCUAUAUUGAAGUCAGUUAAA